UAUAUUCGACAUCGUCUUUGUUUUUAGUAAUUGUUUUCUGUGAUGUGUAAUUGAUUUAAACAAAAAGUAGUUGUUCUGCAUCCCGAAAUAAUUGUUCCUAUCUUUCAAUGGGUAUCACCGGCCUUAUUCCAUUUCUUGAGAAGGCAUCUGUUGAGCUGAACUUAAAGCAAAUCCGCGGCAGCACAGUAGCAAUCGACACAUACUGUUGGCUACAUAAAGGGGUAUUUAGUUGUGCCGAUAAGUUGGCUCGAGGUGAGGAUACAGAUCUCUAUGUACAAUACUGCCUAAAGUAUGUGAAUAUGCUGCUUUCGCACGACAUCAAACCAAUUCUGGUGUUUGACGGCCAGCAUUUACCCGCCAAAGCACUAACGGAAAAGAGGCGUCGAGAAAAUAGACAGCAAAGUAAGAAGCGGGCGGCGGAGCUGCUGCGCUUGGGUCGUGUGGAGGAAGCGCGAUCACAAAUGCGCCGUUGUGUGGAUGUGACACAUGAAAUGGCACUGCGGCUAAUAAAGGAGUGUCGUUUGAGAAAUAUCGAUUGUAUUGUAGCGCCUUAUGAGGCCGAUGCACAGAUGGCUUGGCUCAGCCAGGCUGGAUUGGCAGAAUACGUUGUUACGGAGGAUUCGGACUUGACGCUUUUUGGCGCGCAAAAGAUUAUAUUUAAGCUUGAUUUGAAUGGCUGCGGUCUGCUCGUGGAGGCUAAAAAACUCCAUCUGGCCAUGGGCUGUCGUGAAGAGAAAUAUCAUUUUGAUAAAUUCCGACGUAUGUGCAUUCUAUCUGGUUGUGAUUAUUUGGAUUCGCUGCCUGGCAUCGGUCUGGCCAAGGCCUGUAAAUUUAUGCUCAAGACCGAACAGGACGACAUGCGCUUAGCAUUAAAGAAGAUUCCGCAGUAUUUGAAUAUGCGCAACUUAAAGGUAGAUGACGAGUACAUUGAGAAUUUUUUGAAAGCUGAGGCCACCUUUAAACAUAUGUACAUCUACAAUCCCCUGACACGACGUAUGGAGCGUUUGAAUGCCCUUACAGAACACGAAACAGACGAACGUUACUGCAGCAAUGCGGGUUCAUUGCUGGCAGAUAGCGAACAGGCACUGCACCUAGCUCUGGGCAACUUAAAUCCCUUUACGUUAAAACGCUUGGAUGAUUGGCACCCGGAACGUGCCUCUGAUUUCAGCUCACUGCCAGCCAAAGCUGUAAAAUGCGCAAAGCAUAAAAGCAUUUGGAAAACCAAUCAUUCAGCUCCGCCCGCAAUUGAAAAUAAGUCGGAUCAGGUGGACUGUGCUCUCUAUUUCAAGAAAGUCGAUUUUACCAGUCAAAUCAUAAACACUGAGCUGGAUAUGAAUCAGCGUUUGGAGCGGGCCAAACAAACUGAAGCUGAAGUAUUUUGUCUGUAUAACUCGGGAACGAAACGCAAGCGGAAAAGCUCUAGCAGCAGUGGGGACGAUGAGGCCCCAUCGUCGCGAGAAUCGCCGGCCCAAACAAAGAGUCGCCAUAAUCCGUUCGCCAAGGAACAAAAAGCGUCACCCGUUUGUGAAAACGGUUCGCUUUUAAAGAUACUCAGUCCUAAAAAAUUGGAUCCGACAGCCGCAGAUGUGGGGCCACUGGCGCGUUCGAUAAAGCGCAGCAUCUAUGCAAAGAAGCAGGUAGAGGUGCGUAGUCGUUUUUUCGCCACACAGCCCACAAAACAGUCAUCAGAGGCUAUCGAGACGGCUUUGACAGAAUUGCCAGUCGAGCUGGAAAAGGAAUGUCAUUCCCCAAGUAAAAUAAAGCGGCUUGAGAAUACCAUAGAAUCAAAUAAUAGUGCACCGGAUGUGGAUAAUGUUGUGCUCUUAUCUUCGGACGACAGCACGGAGUCGACGACAUUGCUCAGCAGUCAAGAAACGAACAGCAGCACCCACUCUUCCUCAAGCUUAAAGUUGCAGCAAUAUCAGCCACAAAGGAGUCGUCGUCUGGGGCUUUCGAAGCCGAAGCCAUCCAAGACAUCGACAUUCAUAAAGACGACCAGCAACUUGAACCAAAUCAAUCAGCCAAAGCUCAGCAUGUUUGGAUUUCAAAAGAGGCCUGUACUAAAGUAAUUUAUAAAUUAAUUUCUUAAUAUUUA